AUGGCUGCUGCGUCUUCCACACGCCCUUCAACUCUGGCCGACCACCCAAGCCUCCAACCCGCAUUUCACCUCACCAUCGUCAUCGGCCCUGCCACGGCCAUCGGCUCGCUCUCGCGAGGCACCCCGUUGACGGUCGUCCCACUUGUUUCAGGCAGCUUUCUGAGCGAACCGGGCUUCCCCAUCAGAGUGGACGCGAGGUUGAAGGGCCAGGGCGUGGACUAUGUGCACAACGACCCGGAUGGAGGACGGAUGCGGUUGCGGAGUGAUUUGGUGGUUGGGUCUCCUUUUCUCUUCCCGUCUCUGCAGACGAUACACAUCCACUACACCGGAAUAGUGGACAUUACGAACGAGAUGCGCCGCAUCCUCGGGUUGAGUGCCAAUGCCAAAUCCACAGAGUUUGGCAAUUCGUUAAAGUGUGCGCAGGUCCCGGGGCUGCUGGCGAGGUUGGUGACGGCGGUGGUGCUGGCGAAGGAGGAGGAGAGGGAGCAAGUCAGGAAGCCUGAAAACUAUUCUGCUCGGUCGUCAUUAAUGUUUUUCCGGGGCAUCAAGGCGACACGCACGAUGCGCCGUUUGCUGGUUAGAUUGGAUUACGCAAGUAACGGUGUCGUUUCGUCUGUUGCUGCCGCUCCUCCACCACCACUGGUGUCGAUCCGUCCCUGUAUAUCCGGUGCUGUAGGCGUAGAAGCAUCCUUCCUCCGCCUCCUCCAGCUCCACGCUGGCACCCAACUACCGCUCGGCCUCCACCAGCCGUGCUUUCUCCCCCUCCACUUCCUUCCGGCCCAUCUCCCGAAUCUCACCCCGGCCAAGAUCAAGCACAAGCUCAGCAACGUGGCCAGCACCGCGACCACCACACUCAGAAACGUCAUGCUCGAGCACCGGCAGCUAAACGGCCGGGCGCGCAUUUCCCACCGCUCCCGCCAUGCCAAGGGGCAGAUGUCGGCGGAUUUCAAGGGCGAGAGGAUGCCGAAUGGGUAG